AAAAUUAAUUCCAUGAAUUCCGUGACGCAUUCAAAGUCGAUUAAUAUCGCAAAAUAAACUAACGGUAUCUUAACGAAACACUUUUCUUAUCACUCAGUAGCACCGUUUACAAGCAAUUUAUUUAUUUUUCACGCUAAUUCGUCCCAAUCUCGAAUAAAUCGCAAAGUCAAUGUUUUUUUUUGUACACAAAACAGUCAAAUUCAGCUAAAACUGCUAUCAGAUUGUCUGAAAAAUGUCAAUUCCCGUAAUUGAAACAACAAAUAUCGACUUACCGUUUACGUUGCCGCUCCCUGGAGGACUCUCGGUGCCCGACAAGCUCGAAAUCGGCGUAAAUUUGGAAAAUGACUCAUUUUUAGCGGUAACAUUCAAAGCCGCAGACGAUGAUUUAAUCGAUUCUCGAGUGCCUCUAAGCUUAUCGCUUUCAUUGGAGCGAGCAAUUUGCAAAAGUGGCAAAAAUAACCAAUGGGACCGAGUCGAGUUGACUAAACGAUUUGCACUUCCGAAUGAAUUUCGUCUUGGAAUUGUAACUUGCGACACCGGAUUUCGCCUGGAAAUCAACGGAAAUUUUUAUUCUUCGUUUUCGCACCAAUUUCCGCCUUCAGCAGCGAGAAUCUUGGAAAUUUCCGUCGAAAAAGGCACGGGAAAUGUCAAUUUUUUGACUUUACAGAAGGAAAUUCGAUGGAUUUCGGCGAAAAUUGGUUCCCAAAUUGCUGGAAUCGCUCUCGAAGCGGGACAUGACGACAAAAAUAACGAAAUUUACCUGGGAAGAGGCUUGAAAAACAAUAAUUUGUUGGUUGUGGCGGCGAAUUAUGCGAAAAACAGGGCAACUGUGGCUUUGGGCGGCAAAGAAUGGCCCAUUGAGGAAUUUGAGGUGCUUCAAAACGACAUGUUCUUUGGCUGGAAACGAAUUUCAGAAGAAAAAUCUCUUCCGACGAGGGCAGUUGAGGCAGGUUUCGACGAAAACGGGAAUAUUUUGUACGUUGGACGAGUGGCGCAUGAAAAAAAUUUGCUUCUUGGAUCAGUUAACAGCGGAAAUUCAGUUCUUUCGGUCCCGUUCAAGGGAAAAGAAUUCAAAUUUUCCACAAAUUACGAAGUUUUAACGAUUCUCACGCCAAAAGAAGUCAAAAAUAUCGAACGAGCGGCAAUUCUCAAUCAAAAAUUACAAGAAAUAGACUCUCGUGGUUACAUUCCGACCUCAAAACCCUUCAAUUGUGCCAUUUGUAUGGAAGAAUGCCAGCGAAGUGAUGGCGUCUUACUUCGGGAUUGCCUUCACGAGUUCUGCAAAAGCUGUUUGGCGAGUCAUAUUCAGUACAGCGACGAAGCGGCAGUCAAGUGUCCCUUUCAAGAUGACGUCUAUCAGUGCGUUUGUUGCCUGCAAGACCGCGAAAUACGGGCAAUUGUCACGAUGGAGCUGUACAAAAAACAUUUGGCAAAGUCAUUAAGACAGGCGGAGAGUCAAAUGGAAAAUACCUUUCAUUGUUUGGUGGCAAAUUGCGAAGGAUGGUGCACGUAUGACGAGAAUGUGGUCAUGUUCAUUUGUCCCAUUUGCCAAGCACGGAAUUGUUUGAAGUGUAAGGUAAUUCAUGACGGCACAUGCAAAGAAUACCACGAAAAGCUCAAACGAGACCGUGAAUUGCAACAAAAAGCUGAAAACGAGAAACAAACUCAAGCUCAAAUGGACGCCAUGUUUCAAAAUCGAGAGGUUAUGGAAUGUCAUAGAUGUGGAGCCAUAAUACAAAAAACGACCGGAUGCGAUCACGUUAUUUGUGCUGUUUGUAAAAGUCAUCUAAAUUGGGCCUUGAGAGGACAAAGAUAUUAGCUGAAAAUAAGAUUAAAUUUUUCAUUUUUACAGAUGAAAAUUUUUUUUAAAAGACUAAAAUCAUCACAAGAAUCUCUUUAAUUUUACGUUUUUCGUAUUUUUUUUUGAAAAAUAAGUUUAACCGAAAAAAUGUGAAAAAAUAUAAAAAUUAAACAGAAGACACAACCUAAAAUUACAAUAAGUGUCAGUGAAUGAAAAUAUUUAAUUUUUGAUAUUUAAAAUUUUCAUUUCGUCAAAAUAUCAAAAAAAAAAAAAAUUAAAAAUAAUAUUUUUUAGAAGAAAAUU